AUGGAGCGGGCUGGGGCGCGGGGACCGCGGGGCGGCCGCCGCCCGCCCGCACUCCUCUGGCUCCGGCUCCGGCUCGCGCUGCGGCUGCUGCUGCCGCUGCUGCUGGCGGGGCCGCCGUCGGGCCGUGCGGGGGCCCCCGAGGCUCCCGAGGCGGCGGCGGCGGCGCCGGGCACGGCGGCCCCGGCGGCGGGGGGCGAUCGCUGCCGCGGCUACUACGACGUGAUGGGCCAGUGGGACCCGCCCUUCAACUGCAGCUCGGCCGUCUACAGCUUCUGCUGCGGCACGUGCGGCUACCGCUUCUGCUGCCACGACGGCCCGCGGCGCCUGGACCAGAGCCGCUGCUCCAACUACGACACGCCCGCCUGGGUGCAGACCGGCCGGCCGCCCGCCCGCGCCCGCGACCCCGCGGCGCCCCGGGACCCGGGCCGCGAGCGCAGCCACACGGCCGUCUACGCGGUGUGCGGCGUCGCCGCGCUGCUCGUGCUGGUCGGCAUCGGGGCGCGCCUGGGCCUGGAGCGGGCGCACAGCCCGCGCGCGCGCCGCACGGUGACCAGGACGCUGACAGAACUUCUGAAGCAGCCAGGCCCCCAGGAAACACUGCCUCCACCACUAGGCCCACCCUUAGGCAACUGUGUCCAGGUCCAAAUGGGUGAUGGUCUCCCUCGGGGGUCCCCCCACAACAGCACAGACAAGAAACGCCUCAACAACGCCCCCCUCGGGUCGGCCACCCCGGGGCCCCCGCGCGGACCUCGGCUGCAGGGCGGUGGCAGCUUGACCUUGCAGCCCAACUACGCCAAGUUCGCCACGCUCAAGGCCGCGGCGCUCAAGGCCGCAGAGGCCGCCCCGCAGGACUACUACUCGCGCUUUCCCGCCCCCGAGCCGGCCCCGCGGGCCCCGGAGGACUUGCCUGCCCUGCUGGACGCCUGCCCCUGGGCCCCGCCGAGCUACGCGCCCCCGGCCCCGUCGGGCCCCUACGCCGCCUGGACCGCCGGUCGGCCCGCCCGGUCCGUCCCGCGCGGCCACUUGGCCCCGGCCUCUCCGGCGCCCCGGCGCCUCGGCCACGCGCCCCGGCGCCAGUUCAGCGUGGAGAAGCUCGCCGAGGCCUUCGGCGCGCAGCCCCCCGGCCUCUACAGCAGCAUGGGCCGCGGGCCGCGGCACCUCAGUACCAACAGCAAAACCGAGGUCACCGUGUGAAGCAGGGCGGGUUCCUACCGAGGACCGGCCGGACGGCGAUCGGUCCUGAGCGCGGCCGCAGCCGGGCAGGGCACCGGCCCGGGCCCCGGGCGGACGGAGGCCUUGGAGCCGCGGGGUUUCGGGGCCAACGGAAGGGUGCAGCCAUAGGGCUCCUCAUGUAAAUAAACCCUGUACUGUGGCU